AUGGGUUUAGAGAUUAAUAAGCAGGCAGGUGUUGAGCUCUCAAACAUAGCAGUUUCUGAUACUCAUGGGGAAGAUUCUCCAUAUUUUGCUGGCUGGAAAGCUUAUGAUGAAGACCCCUACCAUCCAUUCGAUAACCCGUCAGGAGUCAUCCAAAUGGGCUUAGCAGAAAAUCAAGUUUCCUUUGAUUUGCUUGAAGAGUACUUGGAACAGCAUUCAGAAGCAUCCACCUGGGGAAAAGGAGCCCCCAGGUUUAGAGAAAAUGCUUUGUUUCAAGAUUACCAUGGUCUUAAAUCUUUCAGACAGGCUAUGGCGAGUUUCAUGGAACAAAUAAGAGGAGGAAGAGCAAAAUUCGACCCCGAAAGAAUUGUGUUAACCGCCGGAGCCACCGCUGCUAAUGAGCUCUUAACUUUCAUUUUAGCAAAUCCUGGAGAUGCUUUGCUCGUUCCAACUCCAUACUAUCCUGGAUUUGACAGAGAUUUAAGAUGGAGAACAGGAGUGAAAAUCGUCCCAAUCCACUGUGACAGCUCAAACAAUUUCCAGAUCACUCCUGAAGCUUUAGAAUCAGCCUACAAUGAAGCAGAAUCCAUGAACAUGAGAGUUCGAGGAAUUCUAAUAACCAACCCAUCAAACCCAUUAGGCAUCACAAUCCCCCGCCAUGUUCUCGAACAACUUCUCGAUUUCGUCACCCUCAAAAACAUCCAUCUCAUCUCCGACGAAAUCUACUCCGGCUCCGUUUUCACCUCGCCGGACUUCACCAGCGUUGCCGAGAUUCUCCAUUCACGAAACAACGUCGCCGAAUGCGCCGAGAGAGUCCACAUUGUAUACAGUCUUUCCAAAGAUCUUGGCCUUCCCGGUUUCAGAGUCGGAACCAUUUACUCCUACAACGAUAAAGUCGUCACUACUGCAAGAAGAAUGUCUAGCUUCACUUUGAUUUCUUCUCAAACGCAGCAUCUCUUGGCUUCCAUGUUGUCGAACCAGAAAUUUACAGAGAAUUAUAUUAAUACUAAUCGGGACAGGUUGAGGAGAAGAUACGAAAUGAUUGUUGAAGGGUUGAGGAGUGCUGGGAUUGAGUGUUUGAAAGGGAAUGCUGGGUUGUUUUGCUGGAUGAAUUUGAGCUCGUUUUUGGAUGAACCCACGAGAGAAGCUGAGUUGAAUUUGUGGGAUUCAAUUCUGCACCGAGUCAAACUCAAUAUAUCUCCAGGAUCUUCUUGUCACUGUUCCGAGCCGGGCUGGUUCAGAGUUUGUUUUGCUAACAUGAGUGAACACACACUCCGAGUUGCAUUGAAAAGAAUACAGAAAUUCACCCAACAACGAAGAAGAAAUAAUUAA